AUAACUUGAAAACAACGUGUGAAAAUGAGGAAGUAGAUCUGUGAAACAUAAAGUCUGGAAAAGCGCGAUUAGAAUAUUCAGAUCGGUUCUAAAAGAAAGGUACAGAAUUCAUCCAUAACAUCUCUUGGCAUAAAUGUAUCCAACUUCAGCGCACCACCUCAAACAUCAGUGGUCAUUACUUAGAUGGACAGCAGCAAUGCAUGGAUAUGUUACUCUGAAUAGAACCACUUUAUUGCACACAAGGCAUUUCCAUCUCUCAAAAUCUACAGUCUGCACAAAUCCACCAAUGAUUCUAAACCCCAGAAGAAAAUACAAUGGCAUGGCUAAACAGAUGUCACUCCCACAAAUAAACCAUGCUUUAAAGGCUAAUGAGUAUAGUUUAAAAGCAAAUGGUUAUGAUGGACGUUAUAAUGUGUUGAUAAAAGGGUUUGACAGUAAUAUCUUAGCAUCAAACUCCCCAAGCGAAGACCGACGGAGUGCUGCAACAUGUCUACAGAGCCGUGGCAUGCUGUUCGGAGUGUUUGAUGGUCAUGCAGGGUCUGCUUGCGCACAAGCAGUCAGUGAACGUCUCUUCUACUACAUAGCCGUGUCUCUACUUCCACUGACGACUUUAAUUGAUAUAGAGGAGGCUGUGGAGAGUGAACGGCCUGUGCUUCCCGUGCUACAAUGGCACAAGCACCCCAACGACUACGUUAGCACAGAUGCUGGCAAACUAUACUUCAAUAGUCUGAGGACAUACUGGCAGGAAAGGAUAGACCUUCACGAGGAUGACGACAAUGAUAUACAAACAGCUUUAAGAAGCGCUUUCAAGAGAUUGGACAAUGAUAUAUCCUUGGAGGCCCAGGUGGACUUUGGGGUUCCCUUUUCUCAUUUCACACCUCUCAGAGUGGCUCUGUCUGGAUGCACGGCUUGUGUGGCUCACGUGGACCGAGAAGAUCUUCACGUAGCCAAUCUGGGUGACAGCAGAGCCGUUCUUGGAGUCCAAGGGGAUGAUGGGAGGUGGUCAGCUCUCACUAUUACCAAUGACCAUAAUGCCCACAACCCAGACGAGAUGCAACGAGUUCUCUCUGAGCAUCCUGCUUCAGAGCAUAAGACAGUGGUGAAACAUGACAGGUUGUUGGGCUUGUUAAUACCUUUCAGGGCUUUUGGAGACAUGAAGUUAAAGUGGAACAGUGAGCUCUUGAAUCGCAUCUACGAGGCACGUCCAGAGCUGCUGGUCGGAAACGAAAAUUCAAAAAUACUGUCUCCGAACUACCACACACCACCUUACCUCACAGCAGAGCCAGAAAUAAUCUCUCAUAAAUUGCGACCCCAGGACAAAUUCUUGGUUCUAGCUUCUGAUGGUCUCUGGGAACUGAUGCACAGGCAGACUGUUGUGCAAGUCUUAGGGGAACACCUGUCUGACAUCCAGUGGAAGAAGCCAGUUUCUGGACUAAGUUUUACAGUUGGACAGAUGCAUAGACUGCUGCAGGAGAGGAAGAGUAGAGCGCUCUCUGCUCUGGAGGAUGAGAACAGUGCGACUCAUCUGAUACGUCACGCUCUGGGGGGCGAUGGCAGCGGCUCCAUUGAACAUAAGCGUAUAGCCAAAAUGCUCAGUCUGCCCCAAGAUUUGGCAAGAAUGUACAGAGAUGAUAUAACAAUUAUAGUCAUCCACUUUAAUGGGUGAUCUACUUUAAGUUAAUAUGAAAUAUUUCGUAUUUUG